AUGUCGUUCUUCGGCUUCGACACUUCCCUACCAAGGGAUAAGCCGGCCCCACAAAGCAGAGGCAUCUUUGAGCACAGCAACCCUUUCAGUGAAGUUGCGAAAGCUCGUAAAUUACAAGCCUUUCAAGGCAAUGAGGAGGAAAUCCUUGACUUCGAAGACACCUAUGAUGGGCUCGGUGACAGGCUUCAUGAGACCGGAGACGAUUUCAACGACGACACCUUUGGUGGAGGCGCCGAGGGCGGAACCGAUCGAGGCGCUGUAGGAAGAGACUUUGAUUUCUUCGGGACAACAGCUCAAGUCUCCAAUGCCCUCGAGGAGGAACAAGUCCGGUAUAGCUUGCAACAGCCCGCGACAACGCAAUUUGCUCCGAGCCAGGCCCCGAAGCCAAAGAAAACAGGUUAUGAGAAGUACCAGGAUCCGGGUUAUAUUCCAGACAUUCAGGCAAAAUCAGGAGCAUGGAGUUCCAGGGCACAAGGUCCUCCUCACGGUGGAGAGUCGCGCAUCAGUACAGCUGCCAGGCAUCAAGUGCCCGAACAAGCGCCAGCGCCCGCUGAACCCCCGAGAAUAUUGAGCCUAGAAGAAGUCGAAGCUGCGUUGCUCGCACAGUCACAACAAUUUCAACGGCAACAGCAGCAUCAACCAUCUCAAUUCCCUCAACCAUACCCAUUUCCGCCACAGCAUAUGCAGCCACCCCAGCAGCCAUUCCCACAAAUGCAGCCGCCAACUGGACCGAGUCACCAACAAGCGCCUCCCCCUGCUGCGAGUCCUCGCCGUCACAAUCGCUUGCCAUCUCAACAACAACAGCAACCACAACAACAAUCAGGCGCACAACCUCCACUUCAAAUCCUGCAGAAUCCCAAUCGGGCUCGACACUCUCCACAGCCAAGUAUCGACCGAGCCCAACAGUCUGGCUCUGUGCCUGUCAUCACUCACCCUCAACAACUGAUGGAGCUCUCCGAAGAGCAGAGACGCGCUUACUUGGAAGAAGACGCGAAGAGGGCCAAAAGAAACCACAAGAUAUUCCUGCUAUCGAAAGGAAAUGGCUUGAUGACUCCACAAGACAAGAAUUUCAUCACCCGCAUCCAGCUUCAGCAACUCGUAGCAGCAACCGGCAACUCGGCGGAUCCUCACCCUGAAGCAGCUCUCACUGAAGACUUUUACUACCAAGUCUACAGUCAAAUCCGAGGUGCUCCAAGACAGCAUCCCACUCAACCAUUGGGUCAUUUCGCUCAGACAUAUCUGUUUCAGACUGGGAACCGUGUUGGUGGUAGGAGACAACAAAUCAACGGCGACAAUCAUAUGCAGAGAAUGCAGCAACAGGUGCAGCGUGCAGUUGAGGCGGCUAAGCUGAAGCCCAAGAACAAGCAGUUGAUCAUCGAGGGAAGUCUGGGGAAGAUCUCGUUUAGCAAUGCCAAGACACCCAAACCCCUGCUGAACAUCAAGAGACAAGAAAACCAUGAUGUUCGACCAUCGACCGGCAAGAAAGAAGGCGGGAGCGAUCGCAAGACCAUUCUGAAGAACAUUGAAAUGGUCUACACCACCUUGAUGCGUUUGGAGGACAACGAACGACAAAUGCCUCCGCCGCCGACGGAGGGUGAUGCUGAUUCCAUCCAGACUCACCUUGAAUGGCGGCAGAAGACACAGGAACUCAUCUCCAACCUAUGGCAGGAAUUGAAAAUCCUCGAACCAAUCACACCUGGAUCGUCAGUGACACAUCCCUUCAUUGCAUUCUUGUCCUUCUCCAAGGGCAAGAAAGCAAUUCCCAGAGUAUUCCACCAGAUCGACCAAGAACAGCGAGUGACCAUUCUGACCAUGAUCAUCGUUCACCUUGAUCAACUCGAUGUAAUCAAGGAUGCUCAGCUUGCCCCCGGAGAAUCACAACCAGCAUUGCGUGUGCGAGAAGAGAUUGAAUUGUUCUUGCAAGCCGUCCUGCCCUGCUUGAUGGGAUAUGUGAGCGAAGCUCCAGUCAAUAUCGUCAUCGGACUGCUUGGACUUAUGAUUGAUCAUACCAAUGUUGUACACGUUGCUCACACAAAGAUUGGACUGGGCAUGUUGACAAUGCUCCUGACUCGCGCUGAACUGGUCAAAGAGUCUGGCGGUGUUAGCGAUCAAGAGUGGCAACAAUGGACGACACUGUACCACCGUCUCUUUGAUAUUCUGGAGCCUAUCUUGGGCUCCAUCUUUCCAGGACCAGUCAACACUGGAGAUGAUAUAUAUGUGUGGCAGUUCUUGGCCGCUGUUGGUGUUGGUGCCAGUCCAGAUCAGCAACAGAGACUCGUUAUCGGUGUCAAGGAUCGGGUCAUGGAAACAGUCACGCAGAGCAAGACUUUGCCUGCCGAGAUGUCUAGCGUUCGACUGGGCAACGUGAACUUGUUUAUGAGAGCAAUCGGUCUUGACGUGGAAAUGCUGGGAUGAUGCGUGGAUGUGAAUGGGCUAUGCGCCAUCACAGUGGCAGAGACUUGCAACUAUAAAUGCAAAUUGCGACCUAUGUCGAUAAGUUCGUGAUAGGCUGCGAGAAUAGUGUUUCGCAAGCGAGUUGGAUGAUUUGACAUCCUCACAUCUUUGCAAUCGAUAUGUUAUUUGAACCGUCUGAACUCUGAAGCCCAAGAGUAUUAUAUGCUUUCACGCCUGCGUAUUUUCUAUUGGUGAAGUGGAGUUCGAGGUUAACCCUUUUCCUCUCAGCCUCGUCAUUACAGACCAACUCGCUUGACGGCCUCAACGACACAAUUCA